ACUCACAGUUCCGAUAAGUUUUCGCAAAUUAUUUUUUUCAGUUUCGUUUAUUAUUUAAAAAUGAUGGAUGGGAAUGACGCUAAUCAAGACUUGGGUGCGACGUUCCUCUCCUCGGACUCACAAUUAUUUGUGCAAUCUGAUGGCGAUGGUGAAAACAGUAUGGGAGGAGACAAUGCAGAUGAUUCUGGUGAUGGAGAUGGAAGUGACCGUUCCAACCCUAUGCUCAGGGAACAGGAUAGAUUUCUGCCAAUUGCUAAUGUAGCUCGUAUCAUGAAGAAAACAAUUCCUCGCACAGGAAAGAUUGCCAAGGAUGCUAGGGAAUGUGUUCAAGAGUGUGUUUCAGAGUUUAUCAGUUUCAUCACCAGUGAAGCUAGUGAACGCUGUCACCAGGAAAAGCGCAAGACUAUUAAUGGAGAAGAUAUCCUCUUUGCCAUGUCUACCUUGGGUUUUGAUAACUAUGUAGAACCACUUAAGAAUUAUCUUCAAAAGUAUCGUGAAUCAAUUAAAGGAGAAAGGACAGCUGGAGCUGAUGGAUUUGAAGAAGGGACUGAAGAAUCUUAUGGCGACGCCAGUUCUUCAAACCACACAGUAAACGUUUUAACUGCAGACGGUCAGUUAACUAAUCAGCAGGCCAAUGUAAUCUAUACCACUUAUCCAGGCACCCAGAUCACACAAUUCCAAUUAGGAUGAAAUAAUAACAAUACAAGGUUUUUUUUUCUGAAAAAAUUAUUCAUUAUGUAUUUAUAUACACACGACAUUGACAAAAUACACGAGUGUCAAAUGAAA